CCAGAUAGCAAGCCGUGUCUCUCACCCCUCGUACAGACUCCUGAUAAGCCUUAUCACAUCUAUCAGUGCGCCACAGCCGCGUCUGUGUAGGGACUUUCUCCACUGGAGUCGUCUACAGUUUUCAAGAUCGCCGGGGACCACGGGCACGGACACGGCAUGUUCUGUUACCACUGCCCGCCGUCACUACACCCCAGCUCGGCACCCCGCCUGCCGUCGCUGGACUACCCCUUCUCGUCCUCUCACCCCUAUACGAGCUACUCCUACCACCCGGCUAUCCAUGAUGACUCGUUCGUACGCCGUAAGCAGAGACGUAACCGCACAACAUUCACUCUGCAACAGCUUGAGGAGCUGGAGACGGCGUUCGCCCAGACUCACUACCCUGAUGUGUUCACCAGGGAAGACCUGGCCAUGAAGAUCAACCUUACAGAGGCUAGAGUGCAGGUUUGGUUUCAAAACCGACGAGCGAAGUGGCGCAAGGCCGAGCGCCUAAAAGAAGAGCAGCGCAAGAGAGAGGACCAGGAGAGAGGAAAACGUGAUCCUGACAAGGAUCUCAAGGAUUCUUCACCAAACAAGGCACUAGGGUCCGAGCCUGAAGUGUGCAGUAGCGGAGAGGAUGCCGACAUGGAGGACAUCCCCCUGCAGGUCUCAGACCGUAGUGCGACCCCCGUCAGUUGUGCGGACGAGGACAGACCCUACUCUCCCAGCGGUGGAGACUCCUCCCCAGGCCACCUAUUCCCGGGCUCUGCCAGUGUCGCCUCCUCCCCAGCCAGCGCCGAGAGUAGACCCCCUGUCACCCCCACUGCCACAUUCACUCAUCCCUUGUUCCCAGGAUUCACCACUGACGGGUCCGGCAGUUUCAGACCGGUGAACGAGGGGGGCCCGGGCCCGGUCGCCGCCCACCGCCACAACCCGCCCCUCUUCUUCCCGCCGCAGUUCCCGCCGCCCCUCUUUCCCUCGCUCAAAGGUUUCCCGGGACUGUGCUCAUGUUGCCCGAUGAAACCGUUGUCUUUGCUGCCCGGAGAGGCGGCUGCUGGCAGCGGGGCCGAGCAGCGCUCCUCCAGUGUGGCCGAGCUGCGUAGGAAGGCCCAGGAGCACAGCGCCGCUCUGCUCCAGAGCUUGCAGCAAGUAGCUAGCUUCCAGCAGCAGGCCGCAGCAGCACUACACUUGCCUGUCUCGCUCCAGCUGCCCUCACUGUCCACGCUGCAGGCUCUCGCCAGGAAGAGCGACCCUCCACCCUCGCAAUCGCCUGGCCCACUCGUCCCUGUCAGCUCUCACCAGUCCUAAGUCCAGCGUUCCGUUAGUCCCAGGAACAGAGAGAGUUCACGUUCUGGCAGUCCGAACAGCAAGCGGUUUUAUUUUUUUGAACACAUCUAAAAUUUUCCAUUGUUUCUCCUUUCUUAUGGGGAAGCCUUUCAUAGCACAAUCCCUGGCAGUCUUAAGAACUACCUCUAUACAUAUUUUGUUAUUUUAGCUCCAAAACAGUUUGUGUAAAUCUACAAAACCAAAUCAAUAUAAUGUUAGUUCUACUUGCAAAACAUUUUAUGUAAUUGUUUACUGAAUACAAUAGGUACAUUAUUUAGUUUAGUAUAAUUUCGUACCGUAAAACACAGAACGUAACUUACCUGGGAAAUAAUCUCUCUUGACUUAUUACGUUUCAAAUAAAUUUAGUCAAAUUAAAUACUCUAAUUUUUGUACUUUUACAACAAUUAUGUUACGAUUACGUUCAUGUUAUAGUACUCUUAGUUACCUUUGCAGUAUUAUCCACCAUUAUUGCACAAAACUUUACAAGAUUACUCAUCUUCAUUGUAGAAAUUUAUGCUACAAUUCUAAAAAAAAUGUUACAAGUACAUGUAACUGAAGUCUUACCAUUGUAUAUACUUGCUAGACUAAUCUUAAUCAAGCCAAAGCGUUACCAAUAAAACCUUAGACAUAAGACUAAGUUAUGAAUUAAGUCAGUGUUAUUAUGUAAAUAAGAAUAAGUCUGUUGACGUUUAGUUAGUUUAAGCAACAUACCAUUUUAAUUAAAUAAACAUAAUUUAGCGCUUAAUAUAAGUGAUUUUAAAGAAUCCGACUACAUUCCAAAGUUGUACAAAUCUGUAGAAUGCACGUACUUUAAAGAUUAUACAAAUAAUUUUAAAAUGCGUAUUAUCUUUUGCCCAUUAGGAGUGUUUUCUUUAUUUCUUAGUGUUUGUCUAAACCGCCUUCAAUUAAUUUCGUUCAAUUAUUUUAAAGCUGUAAAUAACAAUAAAAUGCAUAAACAAAAUUCCCAUAGAAUAAAUAAUAGUGGUUCAUAAAUUUUUUAUAAUACAAUAUGUUGGGAUUUAUUUAUAACAACUUAAAGUUCAGUUAUUAAUUCUGUUUAUUUAGUUUAGAUUUGUCUUUGGAAAUAAAACGAAAACUUUGGAAAUUUUAAGGAACAUUGCUUCUAAUACCAAUAACCUACACAUCAUCAACAGGUUCCAAAUUCGAGGUCCUAAUUCAAGGAAUAUGUAUAUUAUUCAUAGUAUUUUAUAAUUAACUAAUUUAAAUAAUUUUGUUUAAAAUAGAACACUUAUGGCGGUUCCAAGGAGGCUUUAUCAUAGUUUUUAUAGACACUCACAUAAUGUUAAUUAUUGUUUUGUUUACAUGUUUUUCACGAUCAGAGAGAUGGAACUAGAUAUUUUAUAUAAGAUAAAAUAAGAGUGUUUAACGGUUAUUUGUUUUAUAUUUCAUGCCCUCAAAAUAGCUACACAAUAACUCUAUAGGUAAUACAAGUGUUAAAUUUAUAAGAAAUAUUUUGAUUUGUAGUUUUAGUUUAUUGGAAAUCUAUGUUUUCAACAACAAAAAUACAAUUUACUGAGACCUCAAAACAUAAAAUAAAAGGUUUUUGGAUAUUUCCAAUAUAUGUUGUGCUAUAUUCCAAAUAUUAUUCUACUAAAUAAUAUUCUUAGUUUUACCACAUGACACACUUUGUAAUUUGUUUUAUUUCCUCAUAAACAAGAAUUAGUUAAUUGUGUUUGAUUUUAAAGGACAAGCGUCCAUCGCCAAAUACAUUUAUAAAUGCUUUAACGUUUGACAUAAAAAUACUUUUUUAAUGUCAGAAUUAUUUUUCAACUAUUACUUUUUUAUAUUUUAAUCACUUAAUUCAUUAACGUUGAGUUAUAGUACUUGACGAUGUCUAUACAUUUACGUGUGUUAUUGAAUUAAAGAGAAUAGUGUGUAUGAGGUACAUUAUAGAUUAAAUUUUUUUCAACAAAAUUUAAAAUAACUCGAGAUUUUAUACAUAAACAAAACAGGCUAAUGUCUCAAAGCAAUCCAUCAAAUUGUAUUUCCGUUCACACACCAUUGUUGUGGAUCUUACGUGCCAUAAUGACUUACUAAGUGAUGUAUAUUUGUAAAUACAGUUCGAAAGGUUUACCAAAUGUAAUAUAGGCCUAUUAAACGAACCAAAUCUUAGAAUACCAAAUUUAAUUGAUACUUACGAGUUAAAGCCAAAGCUAGAAUAUAAGUACUCUACGUAAUAAUCAGUGUAAUCUGUAAUAAUAGUUUACCAGUAGAAUCGAUGUUGACAUUUCGACAAUAUGCUUGUAUCUUCAUGUCCCUUACUUAGCAUAGCUACUUGAGAAUUAUGUAAUUAUAGAAUUGUAAAUAAAUCGUUCUUGCGUCAA